UGUGAGGAGUAUAGCUGGUCUCUUCAAGGAAGUCCUGUCCAUCACUACUGGCACAUCACACUCUCCUGGAAGCAUGAUCUUCACUCCCUUUCUUCCACCCCCUGACCUGAGUGUGAAAGACACCAAGGAAUUUGGUCUUUUGUCUGACAUCAUGGAGAACCCAUCCAACGGCACAAGCUCACCCAGAGAGCCUGCUGGUCCCCAAGGGUCUUGGAGGAGCUGGCUCCAGAGAGCUCUGGCACAUUUCACCAGGUCCUUCAGGAGAGGAUACCAGACACUCGGAAACUGAGAUCACGGGACCACAGACAGACCCAUGAAUGGUGGUCAAGCCCCCUCUGCUGCCACAUGCCCUUGCUUGCCUCAGUUUUUCAAUCGCUGGCCCGAAAUAAAUGUUGGCACGCUUGA